CCCCCCCCGCAGCCCGCGGGGCCGCCCUGCACCCCCGCCCCCUCCCCCGCCCGCCGCCGCCGCAGCCACCGCCGCCGCCGCCGCCGCCGUCUCCUCCCCGCGGCUCCGUCUGCCGCCGCCGCCGCAACCCGGCUCCGGGGCUGACAAGCAGGUGACAGAGGAGCCGGCGCGCGUGGGUGCGAGUGCCCGGGAGAGCGCGGCGCGGGCUGCAGCCGCACCGGCCCGCCAGCACGACGCCGGGACUCGGGUCCAGCCCGCCGACGCUGCACGCUCGCCCGGGGCAACCGGCGGCCCCAGCCGCAGCCCCAAUCCCGCGGGGCCCGCGCCUUCCCGGCGCCGCGGCCGCGGCCGCGAGCGGGCCCGCGGGCGGCCGGGCGAGCACCCUGGCUGGCGGGGCCCGCAGCGCGCCCCGCGUCCCAUGGAUAUAGCAACAGGUCCCGAGUCGCUGGAGAGGUGCUUCCCUCGCGGGCAGACGGACUGCGCCAAGAUGUUGGACGGCAUCAAGAUGGAGGAACACGCCCUGCGCCCCGGACCCGCCACUCUGGGGGUGCUGCUGGGCUCCGACUGCCCGCAUCCCGCCGUCUGCGAGGGCUGCCAGCGGCCCAUCUCCGACCGCUUCCUGAUGCGAGUCAACGAGUCGUCCUGGCACGAGGAGUGUUUGCAGUGCGCGGCGUGUCAGCAAGCCCUCACCACCAGCUGCUACUUCCGGGAUCGGAAACUCUACUGCAAACAAGACUACCAACAGCUCUUCGCGGCCAAGUGCAGCGGCUGCAUGGAGAAGAUCGCCCCCACUGAGUUCGUGAUGCGGGCGCUGGAGUGCGUGUACCACCUGGGCUGCUUCUGCUGCUGCGUCUGCGAGCGGCAGCUGCGCAAGGGUGAUGAGUUUGUGCUCAAGGAGGGCCAGCUGCUGUGCAAGGGUGACUACGAGAAGGAGAAGGACCUGCUCAGCUCUGUGAGCCCCGACGAGUCUGACUCCGGUGAGCCUGUAAAGAGCGAGGACGAGGAUGGGGACAUGAAGCCAGCAAAAGGGCAGGGCAGUCAGAGCAAGGGCAGCGGGGACGACGGGAAGGACCCACGGCGACCUAAGCGACCCCGGACCAUCCUCACCACACAGCAGCGAAGAGCCUUCAAGGCCUCCUUCGAGGUCUCCUCCAAACCCUGCCGGAAGGUCCGAGAGACGCUGGCGGCAGAGACGGGCCUCAGCGUGCGCGUGGUUCAGGUCUGGUUUCAGAACCAAAGAGCAAAGAUGAAGAAGUUGGCGAGGCGGCACCAGCAGCAGCAGGAGCAGCAGAACUCCCAGCGGCUGGGCCAAGAGGUCCUGUCCAGCCGCAUGGAGGGCAUGAUGGCCUCCUACACACCGCUGGCCCCGCCGCAGCAGCAGAUUGUGGCCAUGGAGCAGAGCCCCUACGGCAGCAGCGACCCCUUCCAGCAGGGCCUCACGCCACCCCAAAUGCCAGGUGACCACAUGAACCCCUAUGGGAACGACUCCAUCUUCCACGACAUCGACAGCGAUACCUCCUUAACCAGCCUCAGCGACUGCUUCCUCGGCUCCUCCGAUGUGGGCUCCCUGCAGGCCCGCGUGGGGAACCCCAUUGACCGGCUCUACUCCAUGCAGAGUUCCUACUUCGCCUCCUGAGAGCCAGCGGGCUGCACGGACGCUUGGGCACGGGCCCUGGGUGGGACCACGGGCCACAGCGGCCAGCCUUGCCGCCCCGGCCCCGCCGCCUGCGCAAACUCUACAGACAGCCAUACGGUGCCACCUUGGCCAGCCGGGCCUGGCUGGAGUGCCCGCUGGGCGCAGCCGGACGGGCAGAUGGGCGCAGCCUGGGCAGGCGCUGUGUCCUGCCCACAGAGACCGCGCCGCCCCCAGGGACCCAGGGCUCUCGGACAGCUACUCACCUCCCAGCCCCACCUCGGCCUCCAUUGCCUCCUCUCUCCCCAUCUUUUUUGGGAAGCUUAAAUUCUCUCUAUUUUUUUAAACAUCCUCUCUGUGUCCAGCCAACCUCCAUGGCCCAGGCCUAGGCCAAGGCAGGGCCCCUGUGCAUGCCCCAGGACGACAGUGUGUGGUGCCUGUCACCUGUGAGACGCCGUGCACGUGUACCCAGGGCUGGCACCCGCCGCCCCCUCCUCUACGGGCAGGCCCGCAGCCCAGGAUCACCCCUCCCAGCCAGAGCCUGGAGCAGAGGUGGGGAAGAGCCUGCCAGACACCCUGAGGGGGGUCACUGGGGAGCAUAGACAAGCGCCAGCAGACCCUUGGGAGCAGUGACACACGUGCACAGGUGCACACACUUAAAGGCACACUGAGCACCGAUACACACACAGAGACAUGGAGACGCUGAAAGAGACAGAGAGGCCUCUGGGGGCAGCCCCGCCAGGUUAGAGAGGAGGCCAGGUGCGGGGGAGGAACCCCUCUUUCACAACAGGAGAAGGAGGAGGGAGGGGCGGGGAUGGGGUGCGCUUGGAGCAGGUGGACUGGGAUGUACCGCAGCCUCGGCCCAGAUAGGGGCUGGGCUGCUGGACCAGGCAGGGUGUCCGCCAACUGGCUCCAAGGGCAGAGGCGCGCUCAGACCCAGGCAGGGGUCGGCCAGAUGGCAGAACCUCCAGGUGGAAAGGCACCUCACAAGUCCCACUUGGCCCUUCGUCUUAUGUUUGGCUCCUACCAAGCCUCCUCUGCCUCUCUUUGCAUACCUCCUGAGAUGGGGAGCCCACUACUUCAUCAGGCCCCAAGUCAGCUGCCCUUUUCUGCUGAUGUUACCUCUGCCUUUUUCAGCCCUGAGUCCUUGCUUUUCAAAGGCAGGCUUUUCCAGAUUCUCCAGCUCUUCCUCUAAAACUGUACCUGCGGCUGGGCUCCAGCUUUCCCACUAAAGUGUGGAGCAGAUGUAACCCAGUCUCCCCACUGACAUCAGCCAGCCAAAGUGAGCAGGCCCAUCACCUCCCCAGCUUUAGGGGCUUUGCCUCUGUUCAUGUGGCCCGAGAUCCAGUGUGUGGGUGAGACCACAGAACCUGGGAGCCUCACCCUGCCCUUCUAUAAGCAAAUCUCCCGACCAUCACACACAUGUACCAUCCAAGCCACACCUGUCUUCUGUGUGUGCGUGUUAGGGGACAGCUCUGUGCCUCUUGCCCAUGGCACGCAGACCCCCAGGGCUUUUCCCUGUUUGGCAUGGACACCCCUUGGGUGAAGCAUUCCAGCCGCACUUGCUGCCCUGUCCUGUGUGCUGAUGGAAGCCACGUACACUGCAUCCACCCCCCGCCCCAAGUUCACUCAACUCUAAUCCUGCCCAAAAGGAAGUGUCAGGCUGAUGGUCCCCACUCUUGGUGACCCCUGGAGGUUACUGUGACCUCAGCCAGCUGCUCACAGCCCUGCCUUUAAUUCUAGCUUAGAGCCCAAGGCUGCCACCUGAGGUCUGCUGGUCCAGCCUUUGAGCAAAUGGGACCAUGGCUGACUCUCCGCCUCUGGGCCCCUCUGCCUGGCCCUCACUGGGACCCUCCAAGGGCGCCAGCCUGCUUUGUGGUUUUGCUCUGCUGCCUGCCAGGGAAACCUCUGUCCCUCCAGAGUGACCUGGGCCCGACUCCUGGGCCCAAACCCCACCCUGCUCGUCACCAGGGCAGCUGUCAGAGGGUGGACGCGGUGCAGUUCAGCCCCUACAGCCGGCCGGGCCCUUCUGGGCUCUUCUUGUUCCACACAAAACUUCCACAGGGCUCCCAGCCAAUGCCCUUGGCCUUUCGGGUGCCGUCCCUGGCCCUGGGCAGUGCGCUGGUUUUGGAGAGAGGCUGCCAUGCUCCAUUUGCAUUUUCACAGUCCAGUCGUGGGGUGGGCCCCUGGGUGGGGCCGGGGGGAUGCCUCAUGGCAUCCCCCAGGAGACCUGGCCUUCUCCCCCGGACUCCCGGGUCAGGGGAGCCUCAGGAAUGGGUUAUCUAGUCCAUCACCCACCCUUAUUUUGCAGCCGAAAACCCGGGGCCAGGAGAGGGGUGCAGCCCUCUGACAGCCUGUCAGUGGUGGGCAGAGCUGAGAACAAGGGGGAAUGACCUCCGGGUAAGGGGCAGAACCUGUGUAAGUCACUUGUGCCACUCCGGGGCCUCACAAACCCUGAGUCUAGCCCAGGCUCUGCCCCUGGCCAGGGGCAGGUUCAGGGACACCCACGCUCAUGACCCACAGACUGUCAAAGCCAGAAGGGCAGAGAGCCCUUCAUGACUGAGCUACCCCUUGACUGUGGUUAGGUAACUCCUUCGCUGUCUGCGGGGGCUCACUGCCCCCAGCACCCCCCGCCCUGCCCCUCAAAGGCUCUCCCAGACUCUGCUGCUCACUCUGCCCAGUCAUGUGCUGGGGGGUGAGGACACAGAAGAACAAGAUACAGGGGCUCUCCUAGGAGGAGAGACAUACACACUCUGUCCCAGACCUCGCUGAGGACCCAUUUCUCAGAUGAGGAACCUGAGGCCCAGGGAAGGGGGACGUGUGUUUGGGUUGCCCAGCAGAAGCACGCAGAGCUGGCAGGCUCGCUGGGGGCUGGGCAAGCUGAGAGGAGCAUGAGAGGAAGUACGGCCUUGAUUGGGGGGCGGUGAGUACCAGGACCCCCAUCCCCUUUAGGGAGAGGGACCAUCAUCACUGUGGUGGGUCGGGGGGAGGUCUGAGGAAAGAGGGAAGAGUCUGGUCCCUGGAGAAAGAGGCAGAAAGUGGGCGGCGGUCAAGGAGACUGCUGGGGAAGUUGAGGCUCAGAGAGGAAGGAAUCUGCUUCAGGUAACACAGCGAGGAAGGGCGGAGGAGGGAUGAGGAGGGCUGGUGCCCAGCCAGAGCCUCGUCUGCCUUCUGCAUGGACAGAGGGACACAGUGGUUCCAAGGGUCCAACCGCGGAUCCAGCAGAGCCUGUAAGAGAAGGGGUCUGGGCAUUCUGGGAGACUUCCUGGAGGAGGCGGCAGUGGGGGUCGUCUACCAUGUCCAGAGGAGCAGGGCCCAGCAUGGGGCUGGGGCAGGCUCUUCUCCUUUAGGGGGCUCACCUGCCUCAGCCAGCCCUCUGGAGCUGCUGGCCCUCUCACUUCCCACCCAGGGAGCCUUGGCGCAGGGGGAAGUGGUCGAGCCCUGCCUGGCCUCAGCCUGAGCGCUGGACACCCCCUGGGGUGAGGAUCUCACCUCCGUUUGGGAGAGCCCACAGCUCUGGGGCUCACUCCACCCAGUGGGGAAGGGGUCCACGCUCACACGCACACGUACAGACACACACUCACCCGGACGCACAUGGAGGCUCACAGACCCACACUCCCAGGCACAUGUGGCCGGGGGGCUGGGGGAGCAGGAGGACCCUCCAGCCUUUGGCCCUUGGGAGGUGCCAUUUUCAAUGAGCCUCUUUGCUGGUGCCCCCCACCCCACUGGGGUUCCCCAGGAGCCCACCCAGCUGGGUGUGGGGACCCGGCCACCGGCCAUGCCUCCGUUUUCCUUGUACAGACUCUCACUGCCCACCCACCGUCCCCUGACACAUUUUAUUUAAUAACUUGUCAUUGUUAAAUUAUUUAUUAGCGUUUACCACAUCACCACCCCCACCCUGCCCUCCACUCUCACCUUCAGCUCUUCCCACAAAAGCAGAAAAUGGAAACAACAAAAAAAUGAGACAUCAGUAUAUUUGUAAAUAAACCAAC